CAGCAACAACUAUUUAGUUAGUAUACCUGUUCAGUUGGGUUUGAUGAACGGUUAAGUGUGGAUAUAUUUUUAGACAGCAAUAUGCCAAACGUUGGAGCUUUAUGUGGGAAAACAGUAUUUAUCACUGGAGCCUCUAGAGGUAUCGGAAAAGCUAUUGCACUUAGGGCUGCACGCGAUGGUGCGAACAUUGUAGUAGCUGCAAAAACAGCUGAUCCACAUCCAAAACUACCAGGAACCAUUUAUACAGCUGCAGAGGAAAUUGAAAAGGCCGGCGGUAAAGCAUUAGCAUGCAUAGUUGACGUUCGUGAUGAAAUGCAAGUGCGAUCGGCAGUCCAGAAAGCAGUUGAAAAAUUCGGUGGCAUUGAUAUUUUGAUCAACAAUGCAAGUGCAAUAUCACUGACCCGGACCUUGAAAACCGACAUGAAGAGCUAUGACCUAAUGAACAACAUUAACAGCAGGGGUACAUUUUUGGUAUCAAAAGAGUGCCUUCCUUUUAUAUUAAAAAGUAAGCAUCCACACAUUUUGAAUAUAUCGCCACCUCUUAUACUUCAUCCACGUUGGUUUGCAUCAAAUGUUGCAUAUACCAUAGCCAAGUAUGGCAUGUCAAUGUGCGUCCUAGGCAUGGCUCAAGAGUUCAAAGCACAAGGAGUAGCAGUAAAUGCUUUAUGGCCACGCACAAUUGUUUACACCGCAGCCAUUGAAAUGUUACGUGGCGCUGACGGCGCCAAAUAUUCUCGGAAGCCUGAUAUAAUGGCCGAUGCGGCAUAUGAAAUACUUCGACGCGAUCCGAAAACAUGCACUGGCAAUUUUUUCAUCGACGAGGAAGUGCUAACUGAAGCCAGCGUAGAGGAUUUCACACAUUACGCAUGUUAUCCCGAAAACGCCAAAAAGCUAGAACUGGACGGAUUUUUACCAGAUAAAUACUAUAAAACUAAGAUGUAAUUGUUUUUGAACUUAAUAUGUGGGGAAAAUAUUUAAUAAAAUAAAUUAUGGCCUUACAAUUAUGUU